GCGGAAGGCGGCGGCGCCAGGCCGGGCCCGGCGUGGGGAGCUUCCCGCAGCGAUGGUGCAGGAGCCGAGCCCGGGGUUGGUGGCCGAGCUGCUGCUGCGGGCGGGGACGGCCGGCGCCAUCCUGUGCCUCUGCUCCCGCGCCUUCGUCGAAGAUCGAAAAUUAUAUAAACUGGGAUUAAAAGGAUUUUAUGUCAAAGAUGACAAUGACAGUACAGGGGAAGAACAAGCAUCUGAGGAGGAGAACCAUUUUCCCAAUGUGAGAUUAAAGGUGGAUACUAAUCCUGCCCUGGACCUGGAAGAAGUUGAAUUAGACUCAGAAGCUGAGCUUAUGAAGAGUAUGGGAUUGCCUCUUCAGUUUGGUGGGCAGUCAGCCCACAGGGACUUUGUGGUAAAAGAAAAUUAUAGAAAGAAAAAUAAUGUGAAGAUUAUGAAAAAGAAAAAGAAGAAGAAAAAAGAGUUACAGCAAAAACAUGAGGAUAAAAUGGGGCAGGAGUGCCAGGACAAAGCUUGUGGUGGUUGUACCCAGUCCAUUUCUGGUGAGCUGGCCCUAGCUACAGAGCAGUGUGAGAUGAGCAGCAAACCUCAGGCUGUGAUUGAAGAGAACUGUGAAAGUUCAGAAAGCCUUGCAAGUGAGGCUUUACCCAGUGAACUUAAGGAAAAAUGGGAGAAGUACUGGAACGAGUACGGAGAAGGCCUUCUUUGGCAAAGUUGGUUGGAAAAGCACCAAGAGGUGUCAUCAUCUGAGGGCAUCACAGCCUCUGAGCCCUGGAGUAGUCCUGAUACUAAGGAGGAAUGGGAGCAGCAUUAUAGUGAACUGUACUGGUAUUAUUGGGAACAGUUUCAGUACUGGACAAGUCAAGGAUGGACUACUGAGAACUCACAUGGUGACAAAGUGGAAAUUAAUGGAAUUACACAGGAGACUGGUUUUUCAGGAGAAAUGGGCUUGGCUAGCCUGGGACCUGAGCACAGUGAAGUGCUGAGCUUGGAGCUGUCUCCCUCCAACACCAGAAGUGCAGAAAGACUCCCUUCGAGUGCUGAUCCCCACAGUGAAAUAAUUUCUGGGAUUUGUGGUUUAAAUCUGAAUUUGGAGGAAGUGGAGCAGAGCAGUGCUGCUCUAACAGUAGCCCACAAAGAUCCUGAAGAACAGAGUUCAUCUGACAGUGGCAGCCAGAAGGAGCCCUGUGAUGGAGGAAGCAGAAAAAGGAGAUCAUCUUGUGAAAAUAAGAGUGUUAGCCAGUCAGGUGUGCAGGAGUCAUGUAGCUCAAAUUCAAGUGAAAAAAAGCACUUGCUGCUUCAUGACCAGGAUGAAGAUGAGGAUGAAGAGCCUCCUGAAUACAGAUGUGUCAAAGUCAAGAGAAGCCAUGAGCUGGACAUGGAUGAGAACCCAGUGGAAGAUCCUGAGGAAACCUGCUCUGUGCUGGGUUUCAAGUGUGGCACAGGACAAAAGUAUGGUGGAAUUCCAGAUUUCACCCACCGAAGUGUGCAUUACUUGGAGAAAAAAGCAAAACUCAAGUCCAAAUUCUUGGAUCUGCGUAAACCAAGGAAGAGCAAAAACACACACAUCUUCUUUACAGAGGAAUCUAAAAUGACAUGCAAAAAAAGCAAAACUUUGAGGAAGGUGGAAAUGUUCCUGAAGCAGGUCAGUAAAGCUGAGGAGGAAGACACGUCCCAGACAGGCAGCCCUCAGGGUAAAGCAGAGGCAUCGUCUGCGAGCAGCAGCGACUCAGAGGGUCAGGAGGGCGCUGCUGCCACACGCAGUGCGACGCUGGAUGCUGAAAUCCAGGAGCCACCCUCUCCCAGUGCAGCCUGCACAGAGCCUGGAGGGAGUCAGCUUGAGGGGGAGGCGCAGGACGCUGCAGUGAGUGGCUCCGAUGAGCUGGGGACAGGGAGGCCUGAGCCUGGCGGCGGGCGGCAGCUUGUCCCUCUGGAUAUUCCUGAUUAUCUCCAGCCGGAGACAGAGGACAUCAGCCAAGCUGUGGAUGAAAACAUUACUGCAAAGAAGAAGGAGACAAAAAGAAGGAGGAGGAAGAAAAAUGCACAGAGAACUAUACCUCCUGAGAUUGCUGCUGAUCCAGAGCUCGUCAAGUACUGGGCACAACGCUACCGGCUCUUCUCCCGGUUUGAUGAGGGAAUUAAACUAGACAGAGAGGGCUGGUUUUCAGUUACUCCUGAGAAAAUAGCUGAGCAUAUUGCUGUCCGUGUCAGUGAGUCAUUCAACUGCGACAUCAUAGUGGAUGCGUUCUGUGGGGUUGGAGGAAAUGCUAUCCAGUUUGCACUGACCUCAAAAAGAGUGAUCGCCAUCGACAUCGAUCCCGAGAAGCUGCGGCUGGCGCGGCACAACGCGGAGGUGUACGGCGUGGCCGAGCACAUCGACUUCCUGUGCGGCGACUUCAUGGCGCUGGCGGCCGGCCUGCGCGCCGACGUGGUGUUCCUCAGCCCGCCCUGGGGGGGGCCCGACUACGCCACUGCCGACAUCUUCGACAUCCAAACCAUGAUCUGCCCGGAUGGAUUUGAAAUUUUCAGGCUCUCCAAGAAGAUCACCAACAAUAUUGUGUAUUUUCUGCCUCGGAAUGCUGAUAUUAACCAGGUGGCUUCCUUAGCAGGGCCAGGAGGGAAAGUUGAAAUAGAACAAAAUUUUCUCAAUUUCAAACUGAAGACAAUAACAGCUUAUUUUGGUGAUCUAAUAAGGCAUGACAUCUCCUGAACUCCAUGUGGAUUCUUCCAAACCCAUCCUCCCUAACUGCUGCCUUGCUUAAGCUUUUGUACAUCUGGCUGGUCAAAAAUGACUUAAAGCCAUUUUCCGCUUUAAUUUCGCUUUACAGAAAUUUGUUCUGUUGUACUGUCAAUAAAUGUUUUAUAAUAAUUUUGACAAAACUGUAAAUGUAGAAAAGCUGUGAAUGUAUGAAGAAAGUUCUUUAUAAAAUGCAGUCUUUCAAGGUUCAAGCCCAACCCAUGGAAGUGAGGUUCAGGAUUUCUUUAACUCUUACAUGUGCUACUUCUGUGCUUGCUCUGGUUUUGAGCCCCCAGAGGGUCAAGAAAAAUAGCCUGGAAGUCACAGGAGCUGCUGUCUGUGCUUGAGAAGCAUCUGAAAAUCAGGUGAAACUAGAGGGUCAGGUAACACCACAAGAGGUUAACCCCAGUCCACCUCUCUCGCUCCCUGCUCUCUGAGAAACCUUUUCAGGUUUUCUUUGCAGGAUGGAGGUUCACAUGUUAAUUCUAGUGAGUGCUCUGACUUGUGGCAGCUCAAAGAGAGUGCUGGGUGUGUUUGUGUCUGGAGGUGGGACUCUACCCUCUGGGUAUUGUAAUUUUAUUUUGUUUUUUUUUUAUCUCCCUGCCAUUCCUCUUCAUUGCAAAGAUAUUUUGAAGAAACCUUCUGCCUGGAGGUUUGUAUCAGUAAGCAGAGGGGUUUCUGUCCCCCUUCUUUUCCAGGCCUUUGGAAUCCUCACACAGGCUUCAGGGCAGAAAUAAGCCAGCUUUUCCUGGUGAGGACUUUCUGUUUGGAGAGGAAGAGUGGCCUUUGUGCAGUUCUCCAAGUAGAAGAGGAGGCAGGUGAGAAAUGCCUAGGGCAUGGCUAUGGUGCUCUCACUGAAAUAUUCUUACAUUAUGUCCCCAAGCUCAAUUUUGAGUUGUUUUUGAGGUAAGAGUGUAGGAAUAAUAAUUUCUAAGAUAAAUUAAUGCUGCUUCUCCUCUGCUUUGAGUGCAGCAGAAUGCUGAAGGCAGCAGAAGCUAAGCACUAAACCAUGCAUUAGUGCUAUCCAAGAAAACAAGAAUAACUGUAGAAUAACCAAAUAAGAGGAUCUAUUUUCCCCAUUAAGGAAUGAAAUCCAACUCUUCAAAAUAGUUGAAGAGACCAAAGUGUUUGUGUGUUUAUGGAUUGUUAUGACUCAGUGUGAGUUUGCAGUACAGUAAAAUAGCCCUUGGGAAAUAGUUGUUUUCUAGCUUUGCUGUCUUUCCAGAUCCAGACAAGUGCUAAACUUUUACUGUUACAUUCGUGCUUCAUGGACGGUAUUUCAUGAAGAUACUUUGGCUAAUUUGGAUCACUGCACUUUGCCACAGUGCUACAGCAAGGAAGAAGUCUUGUGCUGGCUCAGCAUCAGUGUUUAAAGGGAAUUAUUAAGGAAAUAAUAUUUCUUAGAAGUUUCCUAUUAUGUCAUAGGGGAAUUUGGCAAG